UCCUGCCUCCGACGGCAUUUGUAAGGAAAUGUUUUGCGUAUGGUGAACGCGGAAGUCACGUUGACACAACCUUUCUAUUGCACUGUACAGGGAAACACAUUUUAACAGGACAGAAAAUGAGCGUCGGUUUCAUUGGAGCAGGCCAGCUGGCUCACGCACUGGCAAAAGGGUUCACGGCAGCCGGUGUACUAGCUGCCCACAAGAUCACGGCCAGCUGUCCAGAUGUAGACCGCCUGAAUGUGUCAGGGCUGAGGAAAAUGGGGGUGAACCUGACUAAUAGCAACAAGGAGACGGUGAGCAGGAGUGAUGUACUGUUCCUGGCUGUAAAGCCCCAAAUUAUCCCCUUCGUACUGGAUGACAUUGGGCCUGGCAUCGAGGACCGGCACCUCAUUGUGUCCUGUGCUGCUGGGGUCACCAUCAGCUCCAUCGAGAAGAAGCUGGGCACUCAUCGGCUUGCCCCCAAAGUGAUGCGGUGCAUGACCAACACCCCCGUGGUGGUGCGGGAGGGGGCCACGGUGUACGCCACCGGCACGCACGCGCAGGUGGAGGACGGCCGGCUGCUGGAGCAGCUCAUGAGCAGCGUGGGCUUCUGCACGGAGGUGGAGGAGGACCUGAUCGACGCCGUCACGGGCCUCAGCGGCAGCGGCCCCGCCUACGCUUUCACGGCUCUCGAUGCGCUGGCUGACGGUGGGGUGAAGAUGGGUCUGCCGAGGAGACUGGCCGUCCGACUGGGAGCUCAGGCCCUCCUAGGUGCAGCUAAAAUGCUGCUGGAGUCAGAGCAGCACCCGGGCCAGCUGAAGGACAACGUGUGCUCGCCAGGGGGCGCCACCAUCCACGCCCUGCACGUCCUGGAGAGCGGGGGGUUCCGCAGCCUGCUCAUAAACGCUGUGGAGGCGUCCUGCAUCAGGACCAGGGAGCUGCAGUUCCUGGCUGACCAGGAGAAGAUCUCGCCGACCGCCAUCAAGAAGACGACGCUGGACAAGGUCCUGCAGCAGCCGGGCGUCAGCGGGACGAGCGUGGCGCCCCGGUCCGGGCUCAACCUCCUCAACAACAACCCCCGACACAAGAACUGAGCCCCAGCGGCGGAGCAGUUCACUUCACUAAGUGGGUGGAGCCUCUCAUCAGGAACAAACCUAUUUGGACCAAUGACUUGUAUUUUCGUAUUUUUAUUGGUUUUAAUAAGUCUGGGAUUGAUGGCUCAUUUUAGCCCCACCCAUUACUUGGGUUGUAAAACCUCGCCUGUCAAUGCCAUAUCCUCUGAUUGGAUCAUCCAGAUUUUAGAGUAAAGCUUUGUAACCCCUAAAGACCCCAUCAAACAAUAUCAACGACUGACUGAUUUGAUCCAAACAAUUUUGAUUGGCUCAUAAAAGUCCAUGAUUGGCAGCGUGUGGUAAAGUACUAUCUAUUAUGGUUUUAAUACGGGUUUACCAUUAAUUUUUUUUUGUUAUUCUUCUGGUUAGACAUUGUAUGGUUAAGGGAUAACUAGUGUGCUCAGAUGAGAGGAUAUGCAACUGGAACAGAAAUAUUGAUAGGUGACAGAUCUAUAUGAGUAUUAUUUUGAAAUAUAUAUUUAAAGAGGAUAUCUAAGAGUGUUAUUUUUCUCAGCCUCCUGUCUCUAUUGGUUAAGUUGGUGCAUUAAACCAUGAAAUUGUAUGA